AUGCAGACACGCCAGUGUGUUGUCAGUGACAGUCUAGGGGCAAGGUGUGGUCCCAUGUGCACACAAAGACUGGAGGGGAGUAACCGCGAGACCCUGGGACAACGUUUGUUGAAGGAACCCAUCUGGAUCGGAUUAAUUGUAAUCCUGUCGGUGAUCACGCUGUUCGGGGUCAUCUAUAUCCUGCGGAGAAAGUGCGGCAGUCUGUUCGUCUGCUGCGAAGUCCCAAGACUCAAAGAUGACAACAUACUGAACGCUGACGGAACCAUCACCCUCAACUCGUUCCCUCUCAAAGCGUUGACUCGACCAUCCAUCUCAGUUAUCAGUCUCUCUUCGCCGGUUUUUUCUGGGGGAUCAAAUCGUAAGGUAUAUAGCUGUGUGUAUUUAUAUUAUUGCUCAACAUUUUUACAGGUACCCAGCCACCAAUGUCUUCUUGCAGGGUUGCGAGGUCUCCAGGCAUGGUGUCUGCCUCGAGUACUAGAGGUUCUGGGUUCAAUUCCCGGUAAGGGCUGGGAUUUUUCCACGUGGACUUGGACUUCUAGUAAUACCCCCUAG